AAGAGAGAGAAGUUGGUAGACUAGACUAGAGAAGGGAAAGGAGAGGACUGAGAGAGUACCCCUCAGCUCAGCUCAGCCCAGCCCCAUACCUACUGUCCAGAGUUUGUCUAUACUGUCUUCAGUCAGUUUUUGUUCUUUUGAAGAUAAAUUAAUGAGUUUACUUCUGUUUUUUAGCUGAAAGAAUAAUUAUCUGUGAAAAAAAAGAAAAAAAUUUCAUUCUUUCUGGAUAUCAAAUUACUGGGUUUAUGUUUAUAUUCCAAGAUGAAGCUUUUUUUUUUGAGUUUUAUUUGUUAAGAUUUUUGGUUGAAGCUUAAAAGAACUAGAUUUAAACCUUAAAACAACUUGUUUUAAGAGAUGGGUUUUCAAUUUUAAGCAACUUUUUUUUUUUUUUUCAGUUCUGGGUUUCUUCUACCGCUUCUUCAAUGGAGAAAUCUUGUUUGAGAAAAACCCUAACUCAGAUUCUCAUUAUCUUUCUUUUCAUCAUUUCAUUCUUCUUCUGCUCAUUACAGACUGUUGAAUGUCGAGGAGAAACAGUAUACCAACAACACAUAUCUUCGUCAGAUUCACCAUCUCCAUCUAGAGUACCUCAGUUGCAGAAGAAUUGGAGACGAAUUUUACUCAGUGUAUUGUUCGGUUGUUUAACUGGGUUCAUCGCUGCAAUUCUCGCAGCAGUUUUAAUCAGAUUACUUGUUCUUUACAUGAAUAGAACUCCAAUUCUCAAAGGUCCAGUAGUGUUCUCACCAAAAAUUGCUCCAAAAACACUUCGAUUAGCACUGUCUAACGAGAAUCAGUUACUCGGGUCGAGUCCGAAUGGGAAAUACUAUCGAACAGUAGUCGAUAAUGGGUUAAUUGUUGCUGUAAAGCGGCUUGAGCCGUUUGAGGUUGGUUCACAAGAGACGCAGAGUAAGUCAGUCAAGAGGAGGGUUCAACAAGAGUUGGAGAUUCUUGCUGGUGUUAGACACAGGAAUUUGAUGAGUUUGCGGGCGUACGUUCGCGAAAAGGAUCGGUUUUCGCUUGUGUAUGAUUAUGUAGCGACUGGUAGUCUCGAAGAUGUCAUGAAUAGAGUAAAAUUGAAUGAGUUGCAACUGAAUUGGGAGGUGAGGCAUAGGAUUGCUGUGGGUGUUAUCAAAGGGUUAGAUUGUCUUCAUUCUAGUUGUAACCCCAGGAUUUUGCAUUGUAAUCUCAAGCCUAGUAAUGUUAUGUUGGAUGCCGAGUUUGAACCUAGAUUGGCUGAUAGUGGCUUGGCACAUCUCAUGCCUAAUUUGACUAGAUUGGAUUCUUCUGGUUAUACUGCCCCUGAGUGUUUUCAAAAUUCCAGAUACACGGAGAAGAGCGACAUCUUCAGUUUUGGUGUAAUUUUGGGUGUUUUGCUAACUGGGAGAGACCCAUCUGAUCCGUUCUUCGGGGAAGUAUCAGGAGGUGGAAGUUUAGGACGGUGGCUUCGCCAUUUGCAGCAAGCAGGAGAGACACGAGAAGCAUUGGACAAGAGUCUUCUAGGUGAAGAAGUAGAGGAGGAUGAAAUGCUAAUGGCUGUGAGAAUUGUAGUUGUAUGCCUUUCCGACUGCCCUGCUGAUCGACCCUCUAGUGAUGAGCUUGUUCCCAUGCUUACCCAAUUGCAUAGCUUUUGAAGGUAGUAUACAAGUGCUUGGCCGUUGCACCCUUGUACCUUUUGGCAUCUGCGGAAUUCUGCAAUAGGGUUUUGUGGGUUUGGUUUCCAUGAAACUUCAUUUCUUGUAGAUUUUGCAUCUGUGCUACUAACUGUCAAGAGAAAAAGAAUUCUGAUGGUUUUGAGUACAUUUUUGCCUUUUGUACUAUAAAACUGAUGGUUUGUGUGUGAAUGAAAAAAGUUAACCUUAUCAGA